AUGACAAAUGACCAUGUCACUCUGCCCGCCAAGACGAUUGACAUUGCCAUUCCAACCUGCACCACCACUGCCAAGCCGGAUUCCAAUGGCCACGUACCGCCGGGAGAGUGCGGUGCCUUUUGGAACUACUAUCCCAGUUUCGCGGCGGCCGCCGCCUUUGCCAUCUUGUUCGCGGUUCUGACGGCCAUCCACAUCUGGCAGGCCGCCAGGUAUAAAAAGGCAUGGUGUUGGGUUAUCAUCAUGGCGAGCAUCUGGGAGACCCUAGCCUUCCUCUUCCGCGCCAUCAGCACAAAACACCAGCAGUCUAGCGGCAUAUAUCUCGUUUUCCAAAUCUUUAUCCUGCUGGCCCCCAUUUGGGUCAACGCCUUUGCCUACAUGACCCUUGGCCGUAUGAUCCACUUCUUCCAUCCCCGGCAAGCCGUCCUCGGCCUCCCCGCCUCGACCCUCGCCGCCCUCUUCGUGGCCCUCGACAUCGUCUCCUUCGCCGUCCAGCUCACCGGCGGCUCCAUGGCCGGGCCCACCACCCCGCCCGCCGAGCAGAUGCGCGCCAUCCACAUCUACAUGGGCGGCAUCGCCCUCCAGGAGUUCUUCAUCCUCCUCUUUCUCGGCCUGACGCUUGUCUUCCACCGCGACAUGCGCCGCGUCGCCGCCACGGCAAGCCCGGCCAGCAAGUCCUCCUCCUCCUCCUCAGCUGCCGCCAUCAGCUGGCGCCCGCUGCUGUGGGCCCUCUACAUCUCGCUCGCCAUGAUCACGACGCGCAUCAUCUUCCGCCUCGUCGAGUUCUCGUCGGGCCACGAGGCCGACAACCCGCUCCUCGUGCGCGAAGCCUACUUCUACGCCCUCGAGGCCGCGCCCAUGGCCCUCGCCGUUGCGGUCUACAACGUCGCGCACCCGGCAGCCGUCAUGCGCGGGCCCGACUCGGAGAUGCCCGGCCUGUUCGGCAUGCUGAAGCAGAGCGUGGCGCGCAGGAGGCGGCGGGGGGCGGGACACGUGCCGCUUGGGAGGGAUUCGGAGGAGCAGGAGCUUACGUGUCAUGGUCGACGCCGGUAG